AUGUACAUUAAUCCAUACUCUGUGAACAUCCUAAUGGCUGGCUACGACAAAGAAGCGGGCGCAUCUCUAUACUACAUUGACUACAUCGCAACUCUUCACAAGGUAGAAAAGGGAGCUUUCGGUUACGGCUCGUACUUCUCUCUCGCAACAAUGGACAUACAUUACCGCAAUGUGUCCGUUGAAGAAGCCAUUGAAUUGGUAGACAAAUGCAUACUUGAGAUCAGGUCGAGACUUGUCGUUGCACCACCAACGGAGCUCGCGAGUACGCUUGGCGUAUGUCUGUAUAAGACGUGA